AAUUCCACUGAUGGACACAUCAGCUGACACGGUAUAUUUUGUAAAUUGAAGCAACAAAGUUGAUCAGUACGAACGUUGGCCUGCUAAGUGAUCGUUCUUGCGGUGAAAAAUAAUGAUUAACAUAAUGGAGAAACGAAUGUUAAUUUUUUCAUGUGCGGUGUCUUUUAUUUCGUUCAUUUCUACUAAUAGCGAAAUAGAUACAAGCAGACCUGAGCUCAGCUGUAGCGGUCGUGCUCAUUAUAACGUGACUCUGGCCGCUUAUUAUCCCGUUUUUGAUAGCGACAACGAAUCUGAUUACUUGGAUGCUAGAAUGAAGAAAUUAAGGACUCUGCAGGAUUAUAUUGAUGAACGUGCGGAAUUCGUGACGGUCUCCAUGGACCUCGACUCAGGGAUACCAUAUGGGACAAAAUUAUGUAUUCCAGAAUUAAACGAAAAAUUCUUACGGAAAAUUCCACUUGAGGCUAGAGACAAGAGCCAUUACAACAACGUUAAGACAAAUUCACCCGAUUUCUCUCACGUGGAUAUUUGCGUUAGGACAGAGGAGGAUACUUAUGACAAUUCAGUGAAUCGUGUUGUAACGCUUUACGUAUAAUUAGUGAAAGAAUAAUUUCGUAAUAAUUUUCGACAUUAAAACAGAGAAUCGAAGACAUGUACAACACAGCUUUUGAAAUAAAUUUUGUCCUGUAGAAA